GUUUUAGCUUGGGACUACUUUUACAUCCACCCGUGCAAACUGACGACGGACCCGAGAUGUCUUACGGAUCAGAACAUUGUAAAGCACACAGGGAGCUGACUUUUGAUGGCAAAACGGUAUACAGUUAUCAAAGACGACACAAUCAGAAUGUCUCAGAAUAAGACAAGAUCUCCAGGAGAGAGACCCGGAGUAAUUUGGUCAUCACUGCUUGGCUGACACGAAAUGUUGAUCUAGCAUGUAACCCAGAAUCUUGGAAGUAUAGAGUUUUGUGUAGAGAUCAUAUUGUGAGAAUGGCCCAAAGUAAACCAAUUCACCCAGAAGACAGAAGCAGAUUCUUACGACUGGGCUUGGUCAUCCUCGAGGAACUGACACCAAUGUUGCAAGAUAUACUUCAAAAUGAGAUCCCGCCAAAUCAAAUACUUAAUCGUGUUAAACAACAGAAGUUACAACAACAGAAGUCACAACAGAAGUCACUUUACCAAAGGCUUACAGCGGAACAAACAGCAUUGGUUCAGAAUGCUCAGACUGAUGGGUACACAAAAUUCGAUAUUACUCUUACGUGCACACUAUUGCGCAAUCUCAGUUGUCUAAACGUCACAGCCCCAACACAAGGAUGGGAAAAAUCACAAAUGCCAGGGAAUGGGGGACUACUCUUGGUGAUGACAUUAAAAGAAUCCGUAUCAUAAGAAACAGAGUAUGGGGACAUAUUGCUGAGCCAUCAGUGUCAGACACAGAGUUCAAGGAACACUGGUCCAAUAUUUCAGGGAUUUGCCAAAGAAUGCAGACCUUCCUUGGCAAGAACUACGUCCAACGCCUGCAGAAUGCUGAAGAAGGUGCUAUUGACAUAAAGAUGGAAAACGAAUACCUCGAGAAAAUUGAAAAUCUCUGCACUGCUGAGAAAAGUACGAGAGAACUAUUACAAGAGGUCAUCCAAUCUAGAGAAGAAGCUGUGAGGAUUGAAGCCAGGGAUCCACAAAAAGAUGGAACAUGUGGAAACGUUUACUGACAGAAGCAUUUCUAUUUUGAACUGUAUGAAGAAUAACAUCACUGGAGGGACAUCGGGCAAAGAAAUAAAACUACUGUAUAAAUCAGUAAAGAAAUAUGUACGUGAGAGCAAGGAUGAUAUUUCAAAAUCAGCAUUUCCCCAGUUUUUUGAAGAAUUAGAACAGAAAAUAAAAGAAUAUGCUCCUUUGAAAAAGAACACAAUUGAAAUUUUAACAAGGUUUUUCAACUUUCGUUUGAGGUUAUGGAAGAUUUAUAGUGCUAAAUUAAAGGUUUCACGUGGCAGCAUACUGCUGAAGUUAACCUUUUCUACAGAGAGAGGUUAUGACCUCUACAAAGAGGAUCUGAAGAGAGGAGAGAUUGGAAAACUCAUUCUAUCUGUGUUCCUCUACCCUCCAUAUCUGGCCAACUGUAAUUUACAAGCUGAGGAUUUGAUGAUUUAUCUGAACGACAAGGAACUUAGAACAGCUCCAGAACUUGUUGGCAAUUCCGAGGAAGGAUCUGAUGAGGAUGAGGAAGAUUUAAUGGCUGUUGUCAAAUCCAUGGGAACAAAACGAAAGAUGAAAGACGUGGGGAAAGUGGUAAAUAAAGCAAACCUUGCACAGCUAGAUAGUGAUGAUGAUGACUACGAUGAAGAUGACGAUUAUGGUAGUGAAGAUAUGUCGGCCCUGGAUUUCCUGGACGAUGAGGCUUCAGAAGACAGUGAUGAUGAAAUGGAUUGGAAGAUAAUGGCAUCAAGCUCUAAUUAUGCAUCGACACCAGAGACGACGAACGCUAACAUAGCUUGCCGUGCUGUACUCGGGCCCUGUACAGGUGGGCUGCGUGACAUACUGCGUCACUAUGUCCCGCCUCUAACAUUUCCUUUCACCAUCAAACUAAAAGAAGAUAUGCUUCCUCGGCUGACAAAAGAUCAGCGUGAUCUAAUAUUACCUCGGCAUGGAAGUUAUACUGGGAACUAUGGUGAUAUGGACAUUUCCUUAUUGUAUAUCUUAUUGAGGAAUAUAUCUGGCAUACCACCACACUCCAAUGGUUGGGGCAACGAUCCCGACCCCCGUGACUCGAGUCUCUCUGCCAACAUCGAGAGGAUUCGAUUGGUCCGGAAUCAUUGUGUUUAUUCAUGCGAUCCAUUCAUGUCCAACACAGACUUUAACUCUAUCUGGUCCACCAUUAGAUCGACAAUGGUAGAUCUGGAUGCCUUCCUUGUGGCUGGAAACAAAUAUGAAAAGGUAGUGGAUUUCCUACGUCUCGAGUCGAUGGACCCUGAAAAUGAUCUACAUUACGAAGAAGAACUGAGGAAGCAGGUGGAGGAAGAUAAGACGAUCAGGGAAAUAAUGGUAAACCUUGAGAAACCAAACGAUAUUGAUGUUCAGAAAUGGAAAGAGGAAGACAAGCUUUACUAUGAGACCCACAGCUUUCCAUCAAUGAUGGAGAAAGUGAGAAACCAACCUUACGUAACGUUUGUUGGUGUGCCUGGGUCCGGAAAAUCUGCCACGGCUAACCACAUCGCUCUCAAGCUCCAGGAGGAAGGUUACAAGGUUGUACCAACCAAAGACGUCAGGAAGAUGGAGGACUAUGGUGACCCCAGGAAUCCGCAGGUUUUUGUUAUUGAUGAUGUGGUGGGUGUCUUUGGACUCCAGAAAACUAAAUUAGAUGUAUUGACUAGUUGCAAAGAGAAAAUAACACAACUUUGCAUGGUUAAGUCUAGAACUUUGAUGACAUGUAGAGAGGCUGUGUUCAAUGAGACACUACCUUACAAAUCAUUCCUUACUAAAGAAGAAACUGUGAUUAAAUUACACAGUUCUGAUCAUGCAUUAGAUAACAAUGACAAAAAACAGAUUCUCCUGAAACAUGGUUUAAAUGUUGAUCUAAUAUCGCCUGCAUGGCUGACAUCAACAUCACGCAUGUUUCCCCUUCUCUGUAAAUUCUUUUCAAAGGAAACAAAAUUUCAAGCUCUUGGUUCAAAGUUUUUCAUGAAUCUAGUCCCAUGCAUCAUUGAUGCACUUUAUGAUAUGCAAAAACAUAACAAACUGAAUUAUGCAACACUUGUUUUGUGUAUGCUAAAUGAAAACAGGCUCUCAGAAAACAUUUUAAAAGAGAGAAAAAAUGAAUAUUUCAUAAAUAUGAAAAAUGACACUUUGGAAAAUUGUGAAUUAGAAAGCCAGACUGAUGCAUUUAAGGUUAUGGAUGCUUUGUCAGCAAUGGAGGGGAUAUACACAAAACAAUGUGGUGCACAGUACACAUUUAUACAUGACUCCAUGUUUGAAAUAUGUGCUUAUCAGUAUGGCAAACAGUUUCCUGACCAAAUAUUGCUGUAUAUGAGUAGUAGUUAUAUUGCUAAUUAUGUCAAACCACAGACAAGUGAACCAGGUAUGGUUCACAAAGUGAAAGAGAAACAGAGUGAUUCUCAAUCUGUUGAGGGGGUUGAGAGUAGUGAUGAUGGUGAUGGAAAAGACCAGGAGAGUGAUGAUAAAAACAGUGAGAGAGAGGGAUCAUUUGAUCUGUGUAUAAGGUUACCUGAGGAUCAGUACCCACUGUUAGCAGAGAGAUUGUACAGAGACAUACAGAACAUGAAGCUAUAUGAUGUUUUCAGGAAUCAGGUUUUAAAACUUUCCCAGGUGUGUCAGGCUUUUAUUGGUGUGUUAGAGACAAAGUCAUACAUAGAAUUGAAAUCAUUAUUUCUGUCUAGUCAGGGAAACGUAGAUAAGAUAGUGAGUAAACGAAAGCGUGUGGUGGAGGAGAGUUUGGAGAUGAGGGAUUGGAGUGAGUCGGAGAGACAUAAUGUGCUGGUGGAUCAGAGGGAGAAACGAGAUGAGUGGUUGAGACCACAGGUGUUGGGUGAUCGGAGAAAUAAACGAGGUGAUAAGGGACAAAUAUUAUAUGAUGAACACACAUACAAUGUGAGAGUGAUCAGCUGGGUGAUUUACUAUGGACAUCAUCAGAUAUUAGAGUACAUAGUACAACAGACUGAACAACACAAUGAAGUAGGUGAAUUAUUUGGGAUAACAGGAAAUUCUCCACAUCAAUCUAAAUCUGGGAGAUAUACAGAUAAUAAACAACAAAGUGAAUAUAAUAAUCUCACGGAAGCAUGCAGAUUACUCUUAUUGAGUUGUUAUAGUGGUGAUGUACAGACAGUCAGAAUUCUGCUUCCUGACUGUAAGAAAACAAUAAAUGGGAUAGGUCGGAUCAGUGAAGACACCUGCUGGUCUCGUCAUUCACCUCUUACUGCUGCAUGUGAGGGAGGACAUGAAAGUAUAGUGAAUGAGCUAUUGAAGGCGGGGGCUGAUGUCAAUCUACAUAGUGGACGGGGGAAUACACGACGGAUAGCAGCACGUGGGAUGGGAUAUGUAAGUAUAGCGGGGAAUCUGGUGAAGUCAAGUGAGGAUGUCAAUCAACAUGAUAUAUAUGGGAAUACUCCACUGAUGGCUGCAUGUAAGGGAGGACAUGUGAGUAUAGUGGAGGAGUUGGUAAAGGCGGGGGCUGAUGUCAAUCUACGGGAUUGGUUAUCGUGGAAUACACCACUGAUAGCUGCAUGUAAGAAAGGACAUAUUAGUAUAGUGGAGAAACUGGUGAAGGCGGGGGCUGUUGUCAAUCUACGGGGUAGACAGGGGAAUACACCACUGAUAGUUGCAUAUGAGGUAGGACAUUUAAGUGUAGUGAAGGAGCUGGUGAAGGCGGGGGCUAAUGUCAAUAUACAAAAUAUUGAUGGUGAUACACUACUGACAGCUGCAUGCAGGAGAGGAUAUUUGAGUAAAGUGGAGGAGCUGGUGAAGGCGGGGGCUGAUGUCAAUCUAGAGGAUGAUGACGGGAAGACACCACUGAUAGCUGCAUGUAGGGGAGGACAUAUUAGUAUAGUGGAGAAACUGGUGAAGGCGGGGGCUGAUGUCAAUCUACAGAAUAGACGGGGGAAUACACCACUGAUAGUUGCAUGUGAGGGAGGACAUGUGAGCAUGUUGGAGGAACUGAUGAAGGCGGGGGCUGAUGUCAAUCUACAGGAUGAUGACUCGAACACACCACUGAUAGCUGCAUUUAAGGGAGGACAUGUGAAUAUCGUGGAAGAACUGGUGAAGGCGGGGGCUGAUGUCAAUAUACAGGAUAGUUAUGGGUAUACACCACUGAUAGCUGCGUGUGAAAAAGGGCAUGUGAGUAUAGUGGAGGAACUGGUGAAAGCGGGGGCUGAUGUCAAUCUACAGGGUAAGUACAGCAAUACACCACUGAGAGCUGCAUGUGAGGGAGGACAUGUGAGUACAGUGGAGUAUCUGGUGAAGGCGGGGGCUGAUGUCAAUCUACAGGAUAGUCAGAAGAAUACACCACUGAUAACUGCAUGUGAGAAAGGGCAUGUGAGUAUAGUGGAGUAUCUGGUGAAGGCGGGGGCUGAUGUCAAUCUACAGGAUAUUCAGAAGAAUACACCACUGAUAACUGUAUGUAAGAAAGGACAUGUGAGUAUAGUGGAGUAUCUGGUGAAGGUAGGGGCUGAUGUCAAUCUACAGGAUAGAUGGGAGAAUACACCACUGAUAGCUGCAUGUGAGAAAGGGCGUGUGAGUAUAGUGGAGGAGCUAGUGAAGGCGGGGGCUAAUGUCAAUCUACAGGAUAGAUAUGGGUAUACACCACUGAUAACUGUAUGUAAGAAAGGACAUGUGGAUAUAGUGGAGGAACUGGUGAAGGCGGGGGCUGAUGCCAAUCUACAGGAUAAACAUGGGUAUACACCACUGAUAGACGCAGUAAGAAAGGGUUCUUUAUCAAAAGUGAAAUACUUUGUUGAACAUGAAGCUGAUUUGGUUACUCAGAUUGUGGAUAUCAAUGUGUCAGCAGUAUAUAAAGCAUUAAUACUGAACAAACCAGAUAUAAUGAAAUAUCUCAUACAGGAACAAAAUAAAAUCACUCCAGCUAAAUUUAAUGGAAAUGUACACCUAUUUAACUGUCUGGUGGACAUCAGACAUGCUGAAGUUAAAACGGACAGUAGGGAUGAUGUGGUGGUGACCGACAGGAAAGUGUGGUGUAUGGAUAGGGAGGGAGAUUUGUGCAAUACAAUCAGUGAGGGAGACUGUGAUGUACUGAGACGUCUGUUGUGUGUUGGUCUGGAUGUCAAUCAGUCGAUACAGUUGUAUGAUAAGUACCAUGAUUACAACUCUGAUGUCAAACCUCUGUUGUAUAAACUGAUUGAUGAUAGUGUUAUUGAUAAAGUGGAGAGGGUGAGGAUCCUGCUUGAGGCGGGGGCGGACGUAACUGUCAGGGUAAGGUAUAAAGGGUUUGACUCUGUGUUAGACAGGGAAGAUGUGUCUGUUCUAGAGAUGACGAGGCGACUGGUGUGUAAGUACAGUGAUAAUGACGAUUUGUAUAAAAUAACAAAGAGAGUGAUGUGUGAGAUAAAGAAACAUGUCAGAAGACACUCUGUAUAGUCCCUGAGAGAAUUGUAGAGAGAUGUUGUUACUGAGUACAAGAGAUAAAGAAACUUGUCAGAAGACACUCUGUAUAGUCCCUGAUAAAAUUGUAGCGAUAUGUCGUUACUGAGUACAAGAGAGUGAUGUGUGAGAUAAAGAAACAUGUCAGAAGACACUCUGUAUAGUCCCUGAUAGAAUUGCAGAGAGAUGUCGUUACUGAGUACAAGAGAGUGAUGUGUGAGAUAAAGAAACAUGUCAGAAGACACCCUGUAUAGUCCCUGAUAAAAUUGUAGAUAGAUAUUGUUACUGAGUGCAACAAAAGACUGAUUUGUAAGAUAAUGAAAUAUGUCAAAAGACACUCUGUAUAGUCCCUGAUAGAAUUGUAGAGAGAUGUCACUAGGUACAAGAGAGUGAUGCGUGAGAUAAAUUAACUUCUCAGAAUACAUUCUCAUAAAACUGUAGAGAGAUGUCGUUAUUGAGUAUAUAUCAUGUGUGAGAUAAAGAAACAUGUCAGAAGACACACUGUAUAGUCCCUAAUAGAAUUGUAGAGAGAUGUUGUAUCUGAGUACAAGAGAUUGAUGUGUGAGAUAAAGAAACAUGUCAGAAGACACUCUGUAUAGACCCUGAUAGAAUUGUAGUGAUAUGUUGUUACUGAGUACAAGAGAGAGAUGUGUGAGAUAAAGAAACAUGUCAGAAGACACUCUGUAUAGUCCCUGAUAGAAUUGACGAGGUAUGUUGUUACUGAGUACAAGAGAAAAAGAAACAUGUCAGAAGACACUCUCUAUAGUCCCUGAUAAAAUUAUAGAGAGAUGUUGUUACUGAGUACAAAAAUUAAAGAAACUUGUCAGAAGACACUCUGUAUAGUCUCUGAUACAAUUUCAGAGAAUUGUUGUUACUGAGUACAAGAGAGUGAUGUGUCAGAUAAAGAAACAUGUCAGAAGAUAAUCUGUAUAGUCCCUGAUAGAAUUGUAGAGAGAUGUCGUUACUGAGUAUAAGAGAUAAAGAAACAUGUCAGAAGACACUCUGUAUUGUCCCUGAUAGAAUUGUAGAGAUGUUACUUUGUCAGUAGAUGUACUGAAACCCGAUAUGUUACCGGUAUAUUUGUACAUAAUGUUAUCUAAUGAAUUGUUCCGCAUAUCUCUCUCGUUAAAUGUCUGCUUGUUUGUAUACAUUGAUAUAGCGUUAAACAUAUUCUGUGAUUAUGCUAAAAUCAGAUAGAUCUUUAAUAUUAAAAGUUCAUGUAAUAAACAGCAAUGUUCUAAGCAAUUAUUGUCUAAACCAUUGAUUAUAAUUAGAUGUACUUGUGUGCAUUGCUUUAUGUUUGUGUACUAUACAUGUUUAUUAUCCAUAAAAUCAGUACCUAGAAGUAGUUUUUCUGGUACAUAAUAUUGGACGAUUGAAAUAAAUGAUUAAUUAAAGAC